AUGCCCGACGACGUCGUGGAGGGUUACCGUAGACGGAAGUCGAGAUGGCGGAAUCCGUGGUCGUUGUCCUUGCUGACGUUGGGCACUACGGUGCUUGCGGCCAUGGCGCUCUUCGGCAUCGUCCAGUCGUUCUUCACGCGCCAAUUGGACCCCAAAGGCUGCUUGAUGUCGCGCAUGUGGGCGGCUUUUGUCCAGUACCACGACUUUGACACCGAACACACCCGAUUCGCCAGUAAAUACUCGCUAUAUUUGUACAGGGAGGGAGGCAUCGAUGAGGAUACACGGGUCAAAGGCGUCCCCGUCCUGUUCAUUCCCGGCAACGCUGGAAGCUACAAGCAGGUCCGCUCGCUGGCCGCCGAGGCUGCAUACCACUAUCACGACUUCAUUCAAACCGACCCUGAUGCGCUCGCUGGCGGAAAGAGAGCCCUGGACUUCUUCUCGGUCGACUUUAACGAGGACAUCACGGCGUUUCACGGCCAGACGCUGCUCGACCAGGCCGAAUACCUGAACGAUGCAGUGGCCUACAUUCUCUCUCUUUAUCAUAACCCGCACCGCUCGAUAAGGAGCCCAGAUCUGCCUGAUCCGAGCUCUGUUAUCAUAGUCGGACAUUCGAUGGGCGGUAUCGUUGCGCGCACGAUGCUCACGAUGCCAAAUUACCAGGCCAACUCUAUCAACACCAUUAUCACCUUGUCCGCACCGCACGCACGACCGCCCGUCUCGUUCGACUCCGACAUCGUUUCCACAUACAAGAACAUCAACCAGUACUGGAGACACGCUUACUCGCAGAAAUGGGCGAAUGACAACCCUCUUUGGCACGUGACACUGAUCUCAAUUGCUGGAGGCGGGCUGGAUACGGUUGUCCCGUCGGAUUAUGCGAGCAUCUCCUCUUUGGUCCCAGAGACACAUGGAUUUACCGUCUUUACUGCCUCAAUGCCGCAUGUUUGGACUGGAAUGGACCAUUUGGCAAUUACAUGGUGUGACCAGCUCCGCAAGAGUGUCAUACGUGCCGUGUAUGAUGUGGUAGAUGUGUCUCGUCCAAUGCAGACCGUUCCUCGGGCGGAGCGGAUGCGCGCAUUCAAAAAAUGGUUUUUGACUGGAUUGGAAGAUGUCACCGAAAAGACACUGUCCCACACGGAACCGAAAACCCUGCUCACACUGGAAGACAACUCGAAUUCGAUCAUCCCGCAAGGCGAGAAGCUGGUCUUGAAGUCAUUUGGCCAAUUGAAGAAACCCAGAGCGCAUCUUAUGCCAGUUCCUCCUCAAGGUGCGCCUGAAGGGAGAAAAUUCACGCUUUUGACAGAUCAAAAGGUUGAUGCAUCUGGCGAGAACGGCAAGCUUGAAGUGUUAUUCUGCAGCGUGUUUCCUUUGCAGGCCGGGCACUCAGCGGCCAUUUUUUCGAUGGACAUGGACCUUUCUGGCGACAGUUCCGGCUCCACGCGCCUCGCAUGCAAGAACGCGGCAAGCGACGUAAUCAGCCUUCCAGCUUCCACCAAGAACUCCCAAUAUGCGUUCGACGACGCCCAGCCAUUUUCGUACCUUCAAUACGAUCUGGAAGACCUUGCGGACCAUCAGUUCGUCGCUGUAGUCGACAAAGCGGUGGAUCACUCAAAAGGAUGGGUUAUUGCGGAAUUCAGCAGUCGUUCCCAGUCUAUGAUUCAGGCGGACGCUAGCCUCCGGCAAUUGCUGAACCGUGGCCUUCACUUGAAACUUCCGGCAAAGCGGCCCAUGGUGACCGAGGUCAAGGUACCGGCACUGCAUUCGAGCUUGUUGGCGUACAAGCUUCGCAUUGACAAAAAGUCCUGUGGUGACAACCAAGAGCUUUUUGCUCCGUUGCUGCGCCAAUAUAUUCAGGAGAUUUAUGAGUCUAAAUUUUACCCCAAUGCCAAGGAGACGGACAUCAAUCUGCAUGGCGUCGCGCCGUACAUGCCUCCGCCUUUCAAACGGAACAGCCCAUCGGAUGCCAUGAACGGCCUAUCGCUACAGCUUUGGACGGAUUCGACUUGCGAAUCGAGCAUGGAUAUCCAUCUGGAUGUCGAUAUAUUCGGCAGCAUGGGAAAGCUUUGGAUGCGGUAUCGCACUGUUUUUGCGACCUUCCCGUUGGUUGCAGUAGCAUUGAUCUUGAGGAAACAGUUCAAGGUGUACGAUGAGACGGGUAUCUUUAUGAGCUUCGCCGAAAGCACAAACCAGUGCUUGCAAUCUUCUCUCCCCGUGCUUUUUGUUGCGCUGACCUUCUGCGGCUUAUCUUUGGCAAACUCGAGCCAGGCGUCGUCGCACGGACCGUCGCAUUGGUUCCCGUUCAGGUAUAGCAAUGCGACAGAGUCCAUCUUCGACUACUCGAAGAACGACUUGCUACUAGGCUCGCAGGACCCCUUCUUCUGGUUCCUGGUGCCGCUGUUCGGUUUAAUCUGUACCGGCAUCGCCAUCGCCAUGAAUUACGUCUGUCUUUGCAUUAUACACAUCUUCGCGGCGGUAUAUGGCCGUGUGCGACCCAUGGUCUGCCUUGGAUGUAGCGACGGAAGGCGCUCUCCCGCAGCAUUCGCAGUGACAUCAACAAGGCAGCGAGUCAUUACGACUAGCGUGCUGCUCCUGAUGAUCUUGACUGUCAUUCCAUACCACUUUGCGUACAUGGUGCUCUGCGUAGUGCAGAUCGCCACGUGCACCCGCGCGCUCAGGUUUGCUCGCGAAACGCGCUCCGAGGCCAACUACAAUUUCUACAACUACACGCACACGAUCUUGAUCCUCAUGAUCUGGAUCCUACCUAUCAACAUCCCCGUUCUAGUUGUGUGGAUCAGGAACCUCGCUGUCCACUGGCUUACACCCUUUUCCUCACAUCACAAUAUCCUCGCCAUCAUGCCCUUUAUCCUCCUAGUAGAGACCCUCAGCACCGGAAGGAUGGUUCCGCGUGUUACUACUAGUAUCCGUUAUUUUACCAACGUCCUCUUCUUUAGCCUCUCCGUCUACGCCGCCAUCUAUGGCGUCACCUACGCCUACCUGUUGCACCACCUCGCCAACAUCCUGUGCGCCUGGCUUGUCGCCAUCCACCUCUCGACGACGUCCUUCUCGGUCACAGGCCUCAGCCGCAUCCUCGACCCCAACGGCGAGCUGGGCGGCCAUGUCAAGAAACGGCCGUAA